AUGUUUCGUGCAGACGCGGAGACCGCGAAAGCGCCCAUUGCUGUGGUUCCGGAUGUUGUCGACAAGGAAGGGGACUCAAAAUACGAGGACAUGAAGGGGGAUGCGGCUGUGGAAGGAUCCCCAGACGUCUUACUGGACUUGGCCCUAUAUCACGAGCAUAACGCGGGCCGUCUAGUUGUGGACCCGGAGGAGGCACUGAUAGAAUUUGGGGAGAAGAUCGCAAAUGACCCGGAAGAUCCUCAAAAUUGGUCGGAUUCGCGGAAGAAUUUUCAGCUCUUCAUUAUCACAGUUGCCGCUGUCAUCCCCGACUUCGACUCAGGCAUCGGCAUUGCAUCUAUAUUUGCUCUUGCAGAACAAUAUGACACGACCACGGGAGUGAUCAACAAUCUGACAUCCAAUUGGAGCAUCUUCCUUCUGGGUUGGGGUAGCCUGUUCGCUGUGAUGCUCGUGCGGAGGUAUGGCCGCCUACCCGUGCUGUUCUGGUCGCAGGUGCUUGCCCUCGGCUUUUUGCUAGGCUGUACCUUCGCACCAAACCUCAAAACAUUCACGGCUAUGAGGUGUCUCACUGCGUUCUUUGGGACAUGCCCACAAGUGACCGGUUUGUACUUCGUCACCGAUAUGUACCCGUUCCACCUCCAGGCACGAAAGCUUAAUAUUUGGACAAUGGGGUUCAUCAUUUCGCCGUUCAUCUCACCAUUCCUCUUCGGCUUCCUUGUCGCCCGCGCGAGUUGGCGCUGGACAUAUGGAAUCGGUUCGAUAUACGGGGCAAUCGUGGUCUUCCUCAUCACGUUCUUCGCGGAGGAAACCAUGUACGAUCGUGCCUUGCCAAAUCCGCGGCCCAUUCCCCGCACGACGUCGCGUCUACGAUAUAGGGUUGAAACUCUGUUAGGUAUCACGGGCGCACGGAUGGCGCGUUAUCGAACAAGAUGGCGAGACACCAUACUGGCAUGCCCUUCGAUCAUUUGGCGACCGCAGAUACUGGGCAUACUUCUCUUCGAGGCUAUGCUCUUCGGUUUCAGUAUCGGUAUCAACACUACGAACGCCGUCUUCCUUGGCACCCCUCCACCGGUUGGAUACGGAUUCAGUCAGUACGCUGUGGCUGGCGCCUAUGGAACUCCAAUCGUUGCAGUCAUAAUCGGCGAAUUGCUUGGCAGAUACUUCAAUGACUGGGUGAUGAAUUUCUGUAUCCGGCGCAACAAGGGCGUGUUCGAGGCUGAGAUGCGGCUCUGGACAAUCUAUAUCGCAUUACCUCUCUACAUAUGUGGCUUCCUCGUACUGGGGGCUUCAUUCCAGAAGCACUUGGGCGUGGGCGCCCUUGUGAUGGGUUGGGGUAUCGCGGAAGUGGCUGUCAUGAUAACUACUGUCGCUGUCUACGCCUAUUGCAAUGACUGCUUCCCUACCAGACAGGGCGAGAUUUCGGCAUUGAUCAAUCUCACCCGUACCUUGGGCGGGUUCAGCGUAGCGUAUUUCCAGGUGCCGUGGGCCACGAAGAACGGCGCGUUGCAAACGUUCGGUGUCGAAGCCGCCAUUGUAGCAGCGCUGUUCAUGCUCAUAGUACCCGUGCUGCAGUGGAAAGGUGCAAGCUUCCGGCAACGGUAUUCACUAUGA